CUUCUUUCUCCUCGCCUUCUUAUCUCCCUUCUUCCCACCGCGCUCCAAACUUGCUCUCGCACGUUCCUCUGCGUUCUGUCAGCGCUCUUCUAUUUCCUGAGGUCUGAAUUCAUCUCUCUUCUCCACCAUGUGGAUCAUCAACUGGUUCUAUGACAUGCUGGCCUCCCUUGGCCUCCUCAAUAAGCAUGCCAAGCUUCUCUUCCUCGGUCUGGACAACGCUGGAAAGACUACCCUCCUCCACAUGUUGAAGAACGACCGAGUUGCGCUGCUUCAGCCCACCGCCCAUCCGACAUCGGAAGAACUCGCGAUUGGCAACAACCGAUUCACGACCUUCGACUUGGGUGGUCACCAGCAGGCCCGUCGUCUGUGGAAGGACUACUUCCCCGAAGUCAGCGGUAUCGUCUUCCUCGUCGAUGCCAAGGACCACGAGCGAUUCCCCGAGUCCAAGGCCGAGCUCGACGCUCUUCUCGCCAUGGAGGAGCUCGCCAAGGUGCCCUUCCUCGUGCUGGGUAACAAGAUCGACCACCCCGACGCUGUCAGCGAGGACGAACUGCGACACCAGCUCGGUCUGUACCAGACCACGGGCAAGGGCAAGGUUCCUUUGGAGGGUAUCCGACCUAUCGAGGUGUUCAUGUGCAGUGUUGUCAUGAGACAGGGAUACGGCGAGGGUAUCAGAUGGUUGUCUCAAUACGUUUAAAUCGUAUCUCGAUACCUACGUCUCUUUCUUCCGCACUACCCCUACCCCUCCACACCGCAUCAUAACCUAUCAUACCCAGCGCAAUGCGUCAUGUUCAAGC